AUGCCACGCCCUUUCGUCGCCCACAAAUCGCAUGCGCAUCGGCUAGUGUGCCUUUCUCUUUAUAGAGCCCUCCUCAAGGAAUGCACUAGAUUUUCUGCUUCUGAUGGCACAGGGAGCAGUAUCAGUCAUGGGACUGCCACCACUCUCCAAUCAUUAGUCCGAUAUCGAUUCCGCAAGGACAGAAAACUUGCAUCCCUCGCAGCCAUUCAGAAAGGCUUAGACGCAGGCAAUGAGCACCUUAGUCUUUUACGGGAUUGUGUCGCCAGAUCUAGCGAUGCACUUGAGCGUCUAGGCGUGGUCCUCCGGUCAGUCAUAGAGCAGGCUAAGGAGAAGGCAGCUAUCCAUGCAAGAAAUGACUCAUUUUGGCAACCACCGUCAAAAGCCAAGCGCAAUUUCAUGGCUCAACGAGAACGUGCUACAAGAAAGGACCUCCAUCAGUCUUCGCCAGGAAAUCCCGCCGUCUUCCAGCGUCCUAAGCCUCUAUCUGAGAUCACUUGGCCAAGGCGAAAGGUUCCUAACUACCUCAUCACCUCGGGCAUACCACUUCUCAAAUACCCUGGUCCCCAGCCGAUUCUGAUGAAUCGCGUGAUUAGACAGAAAUGGAAGCGGAAUACCAAACGACAAGAAAAUCUUGAUCUAUUGGAAGCAGACCGUCACCUUGCUGCUACCGAGGAUGACUGGGAUGGUCUGAUGAAGGAGCACGGUGUUGAUGAAGAUGCGGACGAGCCGAACAGCACUCGAAGGCCCUUUACUAGGAAGCUCCAUGCUGGCGCUAGCACUGCUAUACCUGUCGCUUGGCAGGAUGCCUUCUAUUCUGCCAUCUUCGAGAUUCGAGCGGCCCACAAAGAGGAGGAGUUGCGGAACAAAGCUUUUGGUGAAAAGUUGUAUAACGUUCUCAGGGAGGAAAGGGAUCUAAGGGAAAGGGAACGGCGGGCAGCUAAACAUGAACGAAGAAUGGAGAGAAAGCGUGCUCAACUCGAAGGGAGUGUGACGCUCUCUGCAGGUAUUGACGAGGGUGCUCCUCCUCCUGGCCGUGUUGAUGAGACCAUGUAG